GGGGUGUAGAGCAGGAAUAGGAAGAGCAGCUGCUCACACACAGCUGACUGGAGGGGCUGUGCAGAGGCCGAUAGCAAACAUGGAGGUAGAAAGGCCGGAACCUCACGCCUCCCUGAGGGCAGCACAACCACAGCCUGAGCCCCAGAGGAAAAGAGGAAAACGAAGGCCGAAGAGGGAGCGAGUGUCCAGAGCCAGUGAGAUGGGCCAGCCUGUCAGUAAUGACUCUCCCCUGCCUCCGGAUGGCGCCAUUGGCUUCCAGACCCUGGUGGAGGACAUCACCUGCUCUGUGUGCCUCGAUGACCUACAGAACCCGGUGUCUAUCGUCUGUGGUCAUACCUUCUGUAGAAACUGCAUAACCAGACACUGGAGCGCCCCACAAUCGGGGGGUUACCUGUGCCCCGAGUGCAGGACACCGUGCCCCCCACAUCAGAUUGUCCCCGACUAUCGCCUGAUGAACCUCAUUGACAAGAUCAGAAAAGGAAUCCAGGAGAAAACCAGUGUGACGGAACGUCCACGAGCCACAGAGCAGGGUUAUCCUGUGCAGCUGGUGUGGACGGACGGGAACGGCUGCUUACACUUGGACGAGUCAGUGGUCUACAACUGCUUCAUGGACAGCCGUCUAAGCAAUUACCCUGUCUACAUGCUCUGCGUCAUCGGAGAAAAACGGCGCGGGAAGUCGUUCCUGAUGAAUUACAUCAUGAGAGCCUUGAAGAGUCAGGAGAAAGGCAAGGAGUUCAGUCUGGGAGCAGAUGAUGAGCCUCUCCAAGGCUUUGAAUGGAGAAGUGGCAUAGACAGCACUACAAAGGGCAUUUGGAUCUGGAACAGACCCUUCAUCUUGGGCGAAACAGGAGAGAAGGUUGCGGUCUACAUUUUGGACACAGAGGGGUCACUGGACAUUGAUGGCGACCGGGAAAGCUGCAUUAAGUUGUCUGCAUUGUCCAUGCUCCUCAGCUCUCACCUGGUUUUCAAUGUAGCUGGAAGCUUGAAGGUGACAGAAUUGGACUACAUGGAGAUGUAUCUCCACAUGGGAGAAGAGUUUGGCUCUCAGCAAUUACAGUUCUUGGACAUUUUAAUCAGAGACUGGCAUGACUCCAUCAAUUGUGGCCGAGAUGCUGCUCGGUUUUACAUCAGUCGGGAAAUUGAGAAGCUCCAGAAGGGCAGUAGUUACCCCAAAGUUUUAUGGGGUCUGAAGAGCAGUCACACUCGCUGCUUCCUCCUCCCACACCCGGGCAAAGGCAUCACAGGAGAGAGCCAAGGACGACUCCAAGAUAUGGAUGAGGAUUUCCAGGAGAAUCUGAGCUUGUAUGUGGCGGAUGUGGUGCGAGGAGUGUGGCACCGGACUAAGACGGACAUAACAGGACAAGUGCUGACCUGCGGCCAUAUUCCCUCCAUGUUACAGGUUUUCGUUGAUGUUCUGGAGCAGCAGAAAUAUGGUUUCUCCACCCCGAUGGAGAUGUUUUAUGCCAUCAAAAACCAAAAGAUCCUUGAAGGCACCAAGGAGGAGCUGCAGGAGUUCCUGCAGAAGCAGCCGAACCACCUUCUCCCAUCCACAAUGAGGACCCUGGUCUCAGAGAAGGCAGCAGAACUCAACGCAAAGUUCAAAGACUCCAUCCAAGGUCCCAACAUGUCCCACCACACUGAGCUGCAGAAAGAACUGGAGUCUCAUCUCCAAGAGGAGCAGGCAAAGUUUUGCUCCAGUUACACCACGCGCUUCACAUGCAGUGCUGUUACACUGGGAGUCACCGCAGGUCUGGGCUUAUAUGGGGUGGUCGGCGCCGCUGCAGCCAGGGGGACUGUCGUCUUUGCAGCGCAGCCGGCAGUGGCAGCUGUAGCAGAGAAGACAGUGGCGAUGGAAGUAGUAACGGGCACGGUGGCACUGCUGAAAACAGGGUUGUCUGCAGUUGUGGGGCGAUUUUUCCGGUUGUAGGGUCCCACCACCCUAUCUUUGGGGCAGAACCUCAAUAUUCUUACUUGAACCUCACAGAACCCCGAUACAACCAAUCACUUCUGCUGGAUGCGCUGCCAUAAUGCAGAUCUUGGCUUUAAAGCUGGUUCACACCAUCUACUUCAGAGGAGAAAAUCAGGGACCUCUGCAUAAUAAGGGGUUCACUGGGAGCGGAAGACUGCAGGGGGGUGCGGUGCCAGAUUGGUCCUCUGCCAAUAAAUAAAGAAGGUAUCGGGAUCUUACCUGAUGUAUUCUACUCUAUUUAUACCCAGAGCUGUAUUCAUGAUUCUGCUGGUUCCCACACUAAAAGCAUACGGAUUUCAACAGUUGAUGUAUAUGGUUCAUUUAACAUAGUCAUGAAGUACUGUGAAUGCAGCUCUGGCUGUAACUGGAGUAUAAGGUUUGAUGCGUUCUUUAAGUUGCAUUUACAAUAUUCUGCAAUGUGGAUUUUACGAGGAACUUUGGCUUCAUUUGCUUCCAGUUAAAUUCUGUGCUAAUAAGUCUAUAAAAUACAUAAAAAUGCAAAGACGA